GUCACCAGAAGCGCCCGCCUCUGGGCCCGCCUGCCGGGCCUGGGUCUAAGGAGAGCCCGGAAGAGACAUUGCUGCCUAUGCUUUCUCGUCUGCGGCGCCUGACCCCUCCCGGCACUCGUGAUGCCAAAGCCGCUGCCAGGGCUGAGGAGUAGUCGUGGUUGAGCACCAAAUGAGCCGAGGGUUUGCGCGCGCUCUUCUGAUCUCCUGGGCCCGGCCCGCCUGAAGAUAUGAGUGGUGGAUUGGCCCCAAGUAAAAGCACAGUGUAUGUAUCCAACUUGCCUUUUUCCCUGACCAACAAUGACUUAUACCGGAUAUUUUCCAAGUAUGGCAAAGUUGUAAAGGUUACUAUAAUGAAAGAUAAAGAUACCAGGAAGAGUAAAGGGGUUGCAUUUAUUUUAUUUUUGGAUAAAGACUCUGCACAAAACUGUACCAGGGCAAUAAACAACAAACAGUUAUUUGGUAGAGUGAUAAAAGCAAGUAUUGCUAUUGACAAUGGAAGAGCAGCUGAGUUCAUCCGAAGACGAAACUACUUUGAUAAAUCUAAGUGUUAUGAAUGUGGGGAGAGUGGACACUUAAGUUAUGCCUGUCCUAAAAAUAUGCUUGGAGAACGUGAACCUCCAAAGAAAAAAGAGAAAAAGAAAAAAAAGAAAAUGCCUGAACCAGAGGAAGAAAUUGAAGAAGUAGAAGAAAGUGAAGAUGAAGGGGAAGAUCCUGCUCUUGACAGCCUCAGUCAGGCCAUAGCUUUCCAGCAAGCCAAAAUUGAAGAAGAACAAAACAAAUGGAAACCCAGUUCAGGGGGUCCCUCAACAUCAGAUGAUUCUAGACGCCCAAGGAUAAAGAAAAGCACGUAUUUCAGUGAUGAGGAGGAACUUAGUGAUUAAAAUUGUAUUUAUUAUCUUUAUGUGAUAGCAGAGAUGACCACCCGUAUCUCUAAAGCUAGGAGUCCUAAUAAUGAGAAGCCCUCUUCCCCAAUGGUUCCAGCAAAAGUCCCAAGACAAGCCCUAAUUGGCCAGGCCUGUGUCACCAUCCCCAGGCCUGAAGAUGAGUAGGGUAAGUCCCACCCAACCCACAUAAGACUAAGAUGUUCCUAUACAGUGUGGCAUCUAUUUUCAGUUCGGAGUCAAUGUGUAAACUACUUGCCCUGUCAAAAGAAUUUUAAGCUCUCCUUUCAUCAUUGUCAAAGACAACACUGAGGCAGUUGAGCAAGAUGCACAGAGUAAAUAGAGAUGCAGCAACAAACAAAAAGAAACCAUGUCCCAUAAUAAACAAUUUUCGCACUUUGCAGAAAUACAGAAAGAGGGUAAACCACCUCCCAGAAAAAGCAGCUUGAUAAGCACUGUUACUUAAAGUAAUAAUGUAAGCAAUUGCAGUCAGAGGCCAAACUGUAAAUCCACAGAAUGGGUUUACCUACUAUCAAUUAUUUUAAAAAUUGCUUUUAUAAGAUCCAAAUUUUGAGAAUCCUUAGGUGCUGUUAUAGAUAGAAACAAUUAAUUUCAGUUAAGAUCUGGUAUCUAGAGUAAGCCGACCAGAACUAUAACAACUUUUAUAGAAUGUGGUCUUAAGCAGAGUUCUUUCUGGGAGAGUUGCAUUUUUUCUCAGAACAUCUUUUCAGAUGCAUGGCUUUAUGUGAAACACAUAAUCUUUAUAAGGAAAUGGUAUAGUUUGGUUAGGGGUUUAUGAGUGUACUCAAAACACAUUAAACACAUAAGCUUUUAGCAAAUUAUAUGAAAGAAUUUGUAUCACCAGUUUAGCACUAUGCAUCAAGUGCUGUUCUAAAAACACUACAGAUAUAAAUUAACUUAAUUCCUUUUAGGUAGGCAUUAUUUUCAUCAUUAUAUAGAUGAUAGAAUUAAGGCACAGAGAGGUGAAGUAAUAUACGCAAAGUCACACAGUCAAGCACAAGGAUUUAAAUCAGGCUCUAGAAUCUAUACACUGUGCUAUGAUGCUUCUCUCAAUGAGUACUCUAUAUUACUGCCUUAUCAACGGGAAGGUGGAUUAUAUUUCAUAUUUACAUAUGAAUAAAAAUUUGUCUUAGAACUGUUCUUUCUUAAUGAUUUUUCUGAGAUAGAAAUAUUCUUUGGAAGAGCCAGCAAAUUUGAAAGGUAAAGCUUAGAAGAUUAAAUGUAUUAUGCGUUCUUUAAAUUUUUAAAAUAAUCUCCACUUGGAAGUCUCAUAGACCUCAAAUUUAUCUGUCCAAAUUGAAGUAGUCUUCCAAAUUGGCUAUACCCACAGCCUUUUCCAUUUCUUUUUU